GCAAAGCACAAUUUGGCAGAAAGAAGCUACUACCAGGUGGCAACCAGGCCAAAGAAGAAGCUAUUGAUGCUGCUGCUCGUUCCUGGCAGACUGCUUCUCUUUCUAUUUCACAUAACAUUGUAAUGACCAGAAAGUGUUUGUUGACGAGCUAUACGGUCACUAUAUGUAAAAGCAACAUGAAACCCCAAAAAAAUUAUUUUGAGAUUCAGACAGAGCAUAACAUUAAAAAAAAAAAGUUUCCAAUUUACUUCUAUUAUCAAAUUUGCUUAAUUCUCAUACUAUUCUGUAUUCAAGAUUCAAGAGAUACCUAGGUAGGCACCUGGAGCACUACAUAUUAGGAAAUGGUGCUGCCAUCUAGUGCUCUUGCAAAUGGAUAACAUUAUGGCAAAACUGAUGCCAUAUAAAUAGUGCUCCGGAAAUAGGCAGACUUCUAAGCAUAAAUCCCUGCUUUUCAAUGAAAGAUACAAAGAGAACAAAGAAAAACAAAUUGAUACUAGAAGUGAAUUAGAAAGUUGAAAUGACAUGGUCUAUCUGAAUCAUGAAAGAAAAUGUUUGGGAUUCAUAUGCCUUUAAAUUUAAAAAAGUAAGUAAGCUCUGAGUGUUAGACAGGUCGGUAUGGUUAUAUGCUCUGUUAUUAUCUAAAGCAGACCAGUAGCACCAUAUUAUUCAUUACUUUUCCAUUACUUAUUCCACUUGUGUGUUAUUGUUAAAGUGAGAGUGCAAUGUAUUUGUUUCAUUCAUAUAGCUUGCCAGUGAAGAACUGGAAAAGAAUACAUAUGUUGCAUCCAUGACGUUAUGUAUUAUUAUAAUUUAAUUAGAUCAUGUGAGAGCAUGCAAGGCUGUAUAUACAAUAAGGCAGAGUAGGCAUGUGCCUAUAGGUACCCUCCAUAGAGCGGCGCUUCUUGUCACUGUCUAUUAUAAAUACCAGUCAGCUGACGACCUUAACUAAGAUGGGCGCCGGCAGUAAAAUAACAGCACCAUCUUUGUUAAGGUGGCCUUGAGUAUUACGCAUGCGCUGCAUCCUUAAAGGGACACUGAACCCAAAUUUUUUUUUCUUUCAUGAUUUAGAUAGAGCAUGCUCUUUUAAACAACUUUCUAAUUUACUCCUAUUAUUAAUUUUUAUUCGUUCCCUUGCUAUCUUUAUUUGAAAAAGAGGGCAUCUAAGCUUUUUUUUUGGUUCAGACCUCUGGACAUUACUUUUUUUUUAUUGGUGGAUGAAUUUAUCCACCAAUCAGCAAGAACAAUCCAGAUUGUUCACCAAAAAUGGGCCGGCGUCUAAACUUCCAUUCUUGCAUUUCAAAUAAAGAUACCAAGAGAAUGAAGAAAAUAUGAUAAUAGGAGUAAAUUAGAAAGUUACUUAAAAUUGCAUGCUCUGAUUCACGAAAGAAAAAAUGUGGGUUCAGUGCCUUUAAAUAAAAAUGGCCACCACACACGCUCAGUGCUGCUGUUUCACUGCCAGCAGGCAUAUCUUAGUUAUGGUCGCCAGCACAACGGUGAAUGGUGAGGAGAGAGCUUCACAUUUUGGUACCUACAGGCUCCUGGGCUGUAAAUCCUGACCGCAUGACUAUUUAAUUGAGAUUUAAACUUCUUAAGAGAAGUAUGUCACUUCUUAUAUACACCCAGUAUUAAAUAUUAACACUUAAUUAUUCAGGAAUGGGUUUCUUCUAUUAUAAUUAAAGUGGUUAAGAAAUAUAAUAAUUAUAUCCAUUAUUGACAAAAUCAAUACAGGGUAUUUAUCUUUUGGACACUAUAUUGUGUCUAUCUCCAUUCCAAAACGAUAUGGCAUAAGUAUUUGUGCUAUAUUGAAUCAUUGUUGAAUUAUAAUUUCCCAAUUCAUGUUAAAGGGAUAUAAAACCCCUUUCUUUUGUGAUUCAGAUAGAGUAUAAAAUUUAAAAAAAAAGUUUCCCUAGGUAGCAGCUAUGUGGAGCACUACAUGGCUGGCAAUAGUGAUUCUAUCUAAUGCUCUUGCAAAACUGCUGUAUUAUAAUAAUAUACAUCUGGCGCCAUGUAUGUAACGUAUUAUAUUCCAGUUCUUACUAGUGAUGCACAUUAUUUUGCUUUCACUGAUGUUUUAUAGCUUGCAGCCACUAUUUCAAACAUAUGGAAGGAACACUUCCAGUUGUAGUCGAAAUGCUUUAGGUUAAGAUUUGUUUCUCUGCAAAGUUGAAUAAAGCUUUACAAGUCUGAUUUUUUUUUCUCUCGGUUGCCGCGGGGGUCGCUGGUAGUUGUAGUUCUAUUUUCCAAUUCCUGCUCCUCCUCUCAUGGCCGGUUCUUUGGGCUUGCACGGAACAGCGGAUUGGGUUAGAAAGGGGGCCCAAAGAAGAGCUGGCGUGAAGCGGCAUCAGGAACCGUGUUGAUCGUUAUGAGGUACUUGUGCAGAUGUAUUCCACUCCAAACGGUCUUCUAAUCGGUGAUGGUUCUGAAAGCUAAAUGACGCCACAAAAACAGAGAAAUGGAGGAGUGACUCAUGGCAGUGUACAAGGACUAAUCCAUUGGAAGAGUCCAAGUUCAACAGGAUUUGGUGGUUUGCCAUAAUGAAGAAAAUAAGUCUAAAAACAUUUCGGAAGUCUUUUAACUUGAACAAAAGCAAGGAGGAGAAUGAUUUUGUAAUGGUACAGCAGCCCUCAAUGACCAAUAAUUUUGUAAAAGAUGACUCUUUAUUUGGUAGUUGCUAUGGUAAAGACUUGACAGGAUGUGAAUUAAACCACGAAGAUGAGAAAGGGGGCAAAAACAGGCCUAAAAGUGAAAGUUUAAUGGGUACAUUGAAAAGGCGACUUUCUGCAAAGCAAAAGCAAAAAGGAAAGGGAAGCACAUCAAUGUCCUCUACGGAAGAUGAUACAUUUUCAUCUUCCUCUGUUCCUAUUACAUUUAAAGAUGUAAGAGCUCAAAGACCUUUACGGUCCACAUCCCUCCGUACUCACCAUUAUAGUCCGACUCCAUGGCCCUUGCGACCAACCAACUCUGAAGAGAUAAAAAUGGAAGUGAAAGUAAAAGCAUUGGUCCACUCCACAAAUCCAAGCCCUGCAUUAAAUGGUGUUCGUAGAGACUUUCAUGAACUGCAGUCAGAAAAUGUUUUUCAGGAACAAAGCAAUGCAUUGAAAAAUGCAGAAUCCCAAAAUGGGGACUUGCAUCUACAUAUUAAUGAACAUGUGUCUGUUAUUGGACUCAUGCCUCAGGAUUAUAUUCAGUAUACUGUGCCUUUAGAUGAGGGAAUGUAUCCUUUGGAAGGAUCUCGUGCUUUCUGUUUGGAUAGCUCCUCCCCUAUGGAAGUUUCAGCUAUACCUUCACAAAUUGGAAAUAGCAGUUUUCAUGAAGAGGAAAGUCAGCUUGCACAGGAUGUAGUAGUGGCACCGGACAUUUUUGUGGACCAGGAUGUUAAUAGUCUGCUGCUUACCACUAGCGGAGUAUUGUUUCAAAAUUCCAGGAUUAAUCACAAUGACGCCCCUCCGCUUUCACCAUUGCUACCUCCAGUCCAGAAUAGUCUUAUCCAAAGGAACUUUGCAGGACUUAAUAGCACAGAUGCCCACAUGGCUGAAAACAUGCGUUGUCAUUUAAAUUUUGAUCCUAGUACUGCUCCUGGUGUUGGACGUGUUUAUGACUCCGUACAGAACAGUGGACCUAUGGUAGUUACUAGCCUCACAACAGAGCUUAAAAAACUUGCCAAGCAAGGCUGGUACUGGGGUCCUAUUACACGAUGGGAGGCAGAAGAAAAACUUGCUAAUGUCCCUGAUGGCUCUUUUCUGGUUAGAGAUAGCUCUGAUGACCGUUAUCUUUUAAGCUUGAGCUUUCGUUCUCAUAGCAAAACACUUCAUACUAGAAUUGAACACUCUAAUGGUAGAUUUAGUUUUUAUGAGCAGCCAGAUGUUGAAGGACAUACCUCUAUAGUAGAUCUAAUUGAACAUUCUAUCCGAGACUCUGAAAAUGGAGCCUUUUGCUAUUCAAGGUCCCGACUGCCGGGAUCUGCAACGUAUCCUGUAAGACUUACAAACCCAGUGUCCCGGUUCAUGCAGGUGCGAUCUUUACAGUACCUUUGUCGAUUUGUCAUACGUCAAUACACAAGAAUAGACCUGAUUCAGAAACUGCCUUUGCCAAACAAAAUGAAGGAUUAUUUACAGGAAAAGCACUACUGAACUUGUGGGAAUUUAGCAACUUGCACUUUGGGAACAAACAAAAAAUGUAAUACCGUUUACAAACUUUCAUUACUUUCAGAAUAUUUUGCUGCCAUAACAAUAUUUUAGUUUUGUUUGGGUAGAUGCGUAUAAUGCAUUUUUCAUUUAAUUUUUUUAUAGUAAAAUUGCAACAUUUUUGCCGUAUAAAAUCACCAUCUUUAUCAGCAUUCAAAAUAAUCACAAUGUGAAUUAUUAGAUUCUGUUAUUUUUAUGUUCUUAGCUGCUAUCCACUGUGACUAUUAUACAUUAAAAGCACACAUUUCAUGUGUCCUUAAUCAAUGCUGACAUUAAAUUAAACCUGUAGUUUGGAAAUUUUGUUACCUGAUUUCUUAUAUUUUGUUUUUACAGUAUAAAAUUACAAACCUCUAUUUUUUUAUACAAAUAUUCAGAUGUCCCUUUUGCGUUAUCAUUUUCGAUUUAAAAAGACCAGAAAUCCAUAUCAAAUAUUGUUAUAUUUUGGGAAUACGUUGCUCUGCAUUUAUAUUAUCAUUCUUAACCCUGUUAAAUAUGGUACUUGAUUAGACCACGAGUUUAGCCAUUAAAGGCUUACCUGAAUAACGUUUAUAAAUUGUUUAAUAUGAUUCAUGUAAGCACAUUUCACUCUUGUGGGUAAGAAAUGUUUUCAAAUAAACGCUAGGUGACCCCAUGACUCUUUAUAUUGACAUAAUUUGCAGGCCUUAGGUUGUACUCAUCAUAAUAAAAAUAAGAAGAAAA